ACAUAUGGCGUUUUUCACUGGUCGAUUCGGAGCAGGAUUUCUUGCUCCGCGGCAACGAAUCCGAAUUUCACUGGUCGAUCAGGAGCGGGUUCGCGCUUUCCACUGGUCGUUUCGGAUCAACUCGCUCCGCGCCGGAUCGCUCUCACUUGCUCCGCCACCGAGGCGCGGAUUCGGGCGGAAAUAGCACGCGUCACUUCCGUCUUCAAGUGAAAUCGGUACGCACAACAUUGUGCUGCUUCGCAAAAUGGCUGCGUUCGCUGCUGCUGUAGAGCUCGCGUUUAGCGAUCAGAGCAGUUCAAGCAGUAGCUCUUCUAGCUCGGACGGCAGCGAUUAUGAGGUUACUCAGGCGCUGUACGAAGCCUUCUAUCGGGAGGCCUUCUCUGAACCGCCGCGUAAAUGUCCGAGGAUUGUCGGAUUCGUUCAGGACGUUGUGCGGCAGUACUCAGAUGAGGAGUUCCGCAGGAACUUCAGAGUUUCGAGAGCUGUCGCGGACAGCCUGAUCAGUAGGUUCGAGAACUCUGAUUUCUAUCCUCGCAGUGAUCGUGGCGGGUCCCCUUCUAAAACCGCUGAAGAGCACAUUCUGGUCUUCAUCUGGUUUGCUGCAAACAAGGCGUGCUUAAGGGACGUAGCCAGUCGAUUCGGCAUUGGAGAAGAUACUGCAUUUAGGAUUGUUGAGCGCAUGCUUGAGUACUUGGUGGAAAUUGCCAAGCAAAUUAUAACGUUUCCAGCAGACCUCGAUCAGCUGUCAGAAGACUUUGAGCAGGUGUCGGGAGUGCCCAAUACAAUUGGAUGCAUUGAUGGAUCAUAUAUAAGUGUCCGGUGCCCUGCUAAAAAGGUGCGCUCUACAUAUGUCAACAGGCACAGCUAUCCAUCGUUGACUCUUCAAGCUGUGUGCGACUACCAGAAGAAGUUUCUGGACGUCACAGUUGGCAGUCCUAGCAAAAUCCAUGACUCUAGAAUUUUCAGGAAGUCUAGGCUGGCAGAGCGGUUGCCUGGCAUUUGUUGCUUUGGAAAGUUUCAUGUUCUUGGAGAUGCUGCUUAUCCACUUCGGGAUUACCUCAUCACACCAUUUCGUGACUAUGGCCAUCUGAAUUCAAGUCAACGUGCCUUUAAUAUAAAAUUUUCUGCCACCAGAGUUAAAAUUGAGAAUGCUUUUGGUGACCUCAAGGGCAGGUUCCGCCAGCUGCUGCACCUGGACUUCUUUUUCGUGGACAAAAUGAAUAAGUUCAUAAUUUCUUGUUGUGUAUUGCACAACCUGUGCAUUAGUUCUGGGGAUGUAGAUGUGCCACCAUAUAGUGACGAUGUAAGCACAGCGUGGAACUGGCAAGCACCACCAGAUGAUGACAGCCACAGCUGCGGCCCCCUGACAUCGAGUGAAGCCGCACUGCGUCGACAAGGGGAGGAAAAGCGGGGGCACUUGAUUCAAGCAAUGCUAGAGAGGAACCUACCCACCUAG